UCGGACGCAUAUUAAAACAAUCAUUUGUCGGGGGCCGAUCAUCGUCAUCGUCAUAUCAUCGCGUUCAUUUCGCGCAGGCACAUAGGGCCCUAUAAAUAGCCCCGUGCUCAUAAGCUUUUACGUUUUCUCCGAAAUUCUAUCGCCGCCGCCGCCGCGUACAAAACGUAAAGUCAAUGUCUUAUCUCCUCUCUUUCGCUCUUCUUCUGCUUCCACUUAAUAAUUUUUUUUUCUUCUCAUAUUCCUCGUCGUUUAUUAUAAGUAUGUGUAUGUGCGCCCGAUGUCGAACGGCUGGUCUCGCGGCGAGGAUUUAGUCGACCGUCCGUUUUCUUGCUGCGCGCAUUGCGACGCUAUUCACUUUGCCGUUGUUAUUACCGAUCUCGUAAUUUUGCUCAAAAAAUCGAUCGCAGAGAAGGAAGUCGCGCGCGCGGGUGCUACGUGCGCUCUCGUCGAGUACGGGCUUGUGUCGACGAAAAACCAAAAUACCAAAGGUAAUAAGGGUUUUUUUCAAAAAACCGAACGAAGCUCGGAACAGAGCCGACGAGGAGGAGAGGUCGAAGGGAACGAGCACUCGAGUGAACAAAUAAAAAAGUAAAAUAAAAAUAAAGUAAAAAGAUCGGCCUCGUCGAGGUCAUCGCAAAACUACGUGACCUCCGUGUUUAUACACGAUCCGGCGACACAUCAUGAGGCGUCUUGGCGCCUAUCACCGAUGCGACAACCCGAUGCGAAAAUGCCAAUUCGCGAGCUCGAGGGGUGUCCGGUUGCGGCUGCUCGUCUUGGCCACCUGCUGCCUCGUCAGCCUCCCAGGCAGCGCGGAGGGUCUGUUCGAGGCCGGCAAAGAGUACGUCUACGAUUACGAGGCCGUCUCGAGCACGGGCGUGCUUCUUCCCUCGAAGGCUCAGUCGUCCUGGGGCUUCGCCGGCUCGCUGCGCAUCCGCGUCGAUAGUCCGGGAGACGCCCUGAUGCGCCUCGAGUCGCUGAGGCUGCAGGUGGCCAACGGGCCCGACGAGCUCAGCGACGACAUGGACGCCGGCGCACCGCUCCAGGGACCGGCCCUGGACGAGAUGGCCAGGCCCUUCAGGGUGCAGUACCGGCACGGCAAACUGGAGAACUUCAGCGUCGAGGCGAGCGAGGCCGUCUGGGCGACCAACAUCAAGCGCAGCAUCGCCGGCGUCCUCCAGCUGGAUCUGCCGAAUCUCGAGAGCCAAGUGGCUUUUCACUCGACCGAGACGAAUCACUACGGGCGCUGCACGAUGGAGUACGUGGUGACGAUCGAGUCCGGCGAGUCGGAGACGCGCGUCAUCCGCAAGUCCGUGGAUCCGCGCACCUGCCAGGGCCACGGCCAGCGCCACUGGACCAAUGUGCCCAACAUGCCGUGCCCCAACACCGAGCAGAAUCCCGUGAUGAAGGCCAGCGAGCGCUUCUACGAGAUCUCGACCGCUCUGAAUAGCAGCAUACUGAUCAGGGUCAACGCCACCGGCGAGAUCUACGUGCAACCGUUUCAGAGCCUCGGCGAGGCCCACUUCCUGAUUACCAAUCAGAGAAUGAAGCUGAUCUCCGUGUUGGGCAUCGCUGAACAGGCGCCGAGCCUCGGUAGCAGCAAUAACACCAAUAGCAGCAACGUCGAGACGGAUAAUCUGCACGAGAAGCACAUACAGCACGAGCUGCCCGGCGACGACUUGACCCAAGGCCGUGGCGUCCCCGACAAGGAAGCCAUCUUCAAGACCAUCAGCGCACUGCUCGAUCGGCUCAGUCAGCGGCUCGAGACGCCGGGCCUGGACACGGAGGUGCGCAAUCUGCACAACACCACCAUCUCCGUCCUGCUGUACUACAUGGGCCAGCUGACGCGGCCGGAUCUGCGCGCGGCCUACAGCAACAUCUCCGGGACGAGCUACAAGGAGGAGACGGUGCGCAACAUGUUCCUGGAGGCGCUGCCCCAGGUCGGCACCACCGAGUCGGCCCUGUUCGUGCUCGAGCUCAUACGCUCGCAGUCCGUCUCGGACAUCACGGCCAUCCAGCUGCUCACCCAUCUGCCCUUCCACGUGCGCAAGCCCGACGUCCAGCUGCUGCUCGGUCUGCAGCCGCUGCUCAAUCUCAACGCCAAGAUCGCGCCGGAGGUGCAGCACACCGGCAUACUGACCUUCGGCACCCUGGUCUACAAGACCUGCCUCAAGUACUGCCCCUACGAGAUGCUCGACGACUACGUCAAGCUCUACCUGGACAAGUUCACGGGCAGCCAGGACUACGAGAAGAAGAUGGUCUGGCUCGAGGGCCUGUCCAACAUACAGCUCGGCCGCGUGGUCGAGUUCCUCGAGCCCAUCGCCAGCGGCAUGAACGCCGAGUCGAGGCAUCUGCGUGUGCUGGCCGCCUGGGCCUCGCUGCCCACCGCGCCCCUCAGGCCCGACGUCAUCUAUCCGCUCUACUGGCCGAUCCUGGUGAAUCGCACGGAGCACCUGGAGAUGCGGGUGGCUGCGCUCACCCUCCUGCUCAUCUCCAAUCCGACGGCCAACAGGAUCGCCUCGAUCUACUGGUAUCUCAAGGGCGAGCCCAAUCGCCACCUCUACCAUUACUUCUACACGACCCUCAAGUCCAUGGAGAGGAGUCACUUUCCCUGCUUCGUUAGACUCUCCGGAGUGGCGGCGCAAUUCUCGCGACUGCUGAAGAAACCGACGGGCCACCAGCACAUACUCACGGGCAAUUAUCUGUUCGAUUACAAGGACUCGAGACGUCACUUCGGUGCCGUGAUCAACGGCAUCAUAAUCGCCAAUCCCCUCACCAACAUACCUCAAGUGGCCUACGUCACGCUAAAGAAUCACGGCUCCGGCAAGGACCUCAAUCACGUUUCCCUGUACAUCAAAGCCGAGGGACUGCUGCACGCCAUCUCGACGAAUCUCAACGACCUGAGCAUGUCGACCCGGGUCGAGGAUCUGCUGAAGAAGUUCAAAUUCAAUCACCAGAGCACCACACCGGUCCACGUGGAGAUAGUCGCGCGCGUCCAGCAGAAGGCCGUGCUCUGCCUCCAUCUCAAUCAAUCGAACCUCGUCGACGCAUUCAAAUACAUAUCGAGCUUGCAAGACAGCACGUACCACGUGUACAAGAACAUCGAGUUCCACGUGAACCAGCAGAACAUCCACGUGCCGCUGACCGUGGACGCGGUGCAGGUGACGGAUCUCGGCACCAACGUGCGCAUCGCCGCCAUGGCCACGUCGCUCUUCUCGAUGCGCGGCAACUUCACCCACGUGCCGAACGGCCGCAACAAUCACUUCAUACUGCGCACCUCGAUCCACGGCACCGAGAGCAUCGAGAAUUACAAUCCGCUGGCGGACAUCUGGCACGCGGGCAUCAGGUCGCAGUCGAUACACGGCUAUCUGCCCGUCAACGUCACCUUCGGCCUGCAGGACAAGCUCUUCGUGUCGUACAUGACGCCCGAGCACAAGUUGAAGGCGGGCCUGACGGCCCACGUGAAGACCGUGACGAGCGUCCGGGGCUACAAGGUGCGUGACAAGCUGCGGGCCGUCUGCAGGCCCGGCGAGUCGCGGCAUCCCUGUCCCGAGCUGCACACGGUCAAGCGCUUCCCCGACAAGGAGACGACGUCGAGCAGUUUGCUGGAGCUGCAGGCUCCCGAGCUGGGCGGUGUGAUCGGGGUCAAGGUGUUCGACUGCGAGACCAGUCGCACCCACAACGAGGAGCAGUACAUCGCCGACGUUCUCGGCAGCCACCAGAGCAACAGCCAGAUCUGGCCGCUGCUGGAGUCGCUGCUGCUCUCGCUGCACUUCUUCGACUAUCUGUCGUACGUGCCGCCGAUGGGCAGCUGCGGCCUCGAGAUGUACAUCGAGCCGCUGACCAAUCAGUCCUCGGAGGUGCGCUUCGAGUACGCCAAGACGGACAAGUACCACACGCUGGCUCUUACCAGGCGAGGAAUCGGGCCCCUGCAGGCCCAGACAGUCCACCAGCAGUGGAACCUGGCGCUGGCCUACGACGUCACCAGCUGGCUCUCGGACUCGUUCAAGGUCAAGGCCACGCGGAGCGCGCCCGGCGAGCAGGUCUUCAAGAUCUGCCUGGAGAUCAGCCGCGACACGCCCUGGGACUGGGACUUUUUGAGCGUCAAGCCGAGCGAGCCGGCCAGCCUCAAGGCCAAUCUGCUCUGGGGCAUGGCCGAGCAGGCCAAGGGCAAGUGCGCGGGCUCCUCCCUCACCCUCGAUCUCGUCGGCGAAGUGACCAGCGAUCAGAUCGAGGAGAGCCGCAACGACGUCUGGCCCUACAACGAGUGCAGACGCCAGUCGGCCAACAAGACCUUCGUACCCUACACCGAGGCCUGCUACGAGGCCUCCAGAGAGAUGUCGACCCUCAAGAAGUACAAGAUAACCAUCACACACGAAAAUCUGCCGACGCUCAUUCUCAAAGCGGAGAGAAAAUUGCGGGCCUUGCUCGAGCUCCUCGGUAGCAGCUACUACCGACCGAGUGGCAGUAGCGCUGGCGGUAUUACAGGCACGGACAAGGGCCUGUCGAUAGCGGUGACCUUCGCCAAGGAUCUCCAUAGCGGACCGCAGCUCUACGUCAACGGCGAUCGGGUCUACUCGCAAUUCAACAGCGACACGGUUAACAACUUCCUGAUCAGGAGCCGACUGCACAAGUACAUGGACAGCGUAUUUUUGCAAUCGUUUUUCAGUACGUGCGUCUUGAAUCCCAGCUCGAUCCGAUCGUCGUCCAACACCACGCACGCCUUCGCAAAGAACUCGGAGAAGCUCGUGCUGGCCCGAUGCGACGACAACAAUCCGAGAUUCGCGUUGCGCGCGACCAACAAGGGCGACUUCGUCGAGCUGAGCUUCGACGACGAGGCCGACCGAAUUAUUUUGAGCUCCAACGGCGAGGCCGCCGUCAUACACAACUACUCGAACCCCGUGCCGCUGACCAGAAAUUUCGAGUUUUCGUACAUAGGUUCGAAAUGGGCAAGAAUGGACAAACAGGUCGUCGAUCUUGUGGUAGCUGAAAUAUUACUCUUUGUGCAUUGGUCGAGAGAGCAAGUACUUUUAUUUUAUCCUAAUUACAUUCAAGAAUUUGUCUGUGGGUAUUGUACUUUACAAGAUGCCAACGUCAGUGACCUUUACGAAAGGUUUUAAACGAUAAACUAUCCUUCAAUAUCAAUACAUUAUGUAAAGAGCAUUAGGCAUUCUUCUUAAAAUAUAAACUUACUUAAACUGUUAAAAUAAUUAUCAUAAUAUUAAGAAAUAUUACUCCGACU